CAGUCACAGCCAGUGCGGCGGGAGGACGCGCAAAGCUUGAUCUUACAGAUAACGGGGGAAUUAAAAACAAGGCACCCCCGCUUAAAUAGCCUCGAGAAACGGCGAACGAGUAGCCCGCGGCAUGUGAACGCCAGUGAUUCGCGACGCUCCACCAGCGCAGAAAUGUUGCGAGCUUUUGUCGCAUUCGUCGUCUUCGUGGCGGCCGCGACGGCCGCCCCCAGCCCCCGUCACGAGCCAAAAACAAAAACUCACCGCAUCCAGGACGAGAUCCAGGCGUGGAAGGAGGGCGGCUACCCGGACUUCCUGCAGUUCGCCGACGACAGCGGGAAGCCCGUCUGGGGCGUGGUGGUCGGAGAGCAGCCGUCGGUCAGGGGCAUGUUCAAGGACGGCAACCCCUUCAACGGCGACGACGCCGACUACAGCGACGAGCAGCUGGGCGCCAGCGAGGACGACGUGAAGUUCCAUGUCUUCACGAAGGGGAACAACUACAGCAGUGUGGAGGGCACGCAGGUGACUCUGGACCACGAAGACUUCCUCGCGGCUGGAUGGGAGCCGGCUCUGCCCACAAAGAUCGUCAUCCACGGCUUCACCAACAGCAUUUCGUCACCCAUCAUCCAGCUCAUCAAGGACGCCUACAUGACCCACGGGGACUACAACGUCGUCGGCGUGGACUGGGGUGUCCUGUGCCCCAACCCCCUGUACGUGACGGCCCGCCUGAACGUGCCUUUCGUCGGAAAGCUCGUCGGCAAGCUGAUGUCGUUCCUGAUUGAGCAGGAGCUCGCCACCGCGGACAAGCUGCACGUCAUCGGCCACAGCCUCGGCGCGCACGUCGCCGGCAUCUCCGCCAAGAGCCUGAACGAGACCGAGGGGCAGCGGCCGGCACGAGUCACAGGGCUCGACCCGGCGUGGCCGCUCUUCAUUAUAACCCCGGAUACCGACAGGCUGAGCAAGGACGACGGUGUCUUGGUGGACGUGAUCCACUCAUGCGCAGGGUUGCUCGGCUUUCCUACCGACCUCGGCACCUCCGACUUCUACCCCAACGGAGGAAGGGAGCAGCCGGGCUGCGGCCUGGACCUGACCGGUGUGUGCGCCCACGGUCGAUCAUACGAGUACUUUGCUGAGUCUAUUACCAAAGGGAAAGGAUACCAAGCAGAUUUCUGUGACAGCAAUAGCGAUGCUAGAGAUGGGACUUGCAAAGGUCCAAGUGAAGGCUGCAUGGGAGACGAAGUUCAGUUUAAGGAACAAGGAUCAUACUACCUGAAAACAGACGACGUGGCUCCAACCAAAGUAUGCUGAGAUAAAUAAAUCCAAAUGACAAAUUAUAAUUUAAAAAUAUAA